AUGGGAGUUUUCUACUUAGUUUUAGCUUUACUUAUUCAGAAUUCGUUUGCAGAAACUAAUAUAGACAAUGAAGGUAAUGAUGUAGAAUCACGUGAUAUUUUAAAAACGAAACCCGAUGACGAUAUUGUUGUAAAAGAAUACCAAGAUGCGCCUAAAGACUGGAUGGAUUUAUUUAUUGGUACUAACAGCAAUAUAUUCCCAACAUCUUCAGCAGCUUUAAUGGCACAGGCUACGUUUUCUGACAAAUCACCAGAAGAGCAACUUGACGAAAUAAAAUCCAUGGCAAGUGAAAUUACUAAAGCCAUACAGAACGAAAUGGCUAACCUUCUCUCCUAUGCGAUAUCUAUAACAGGCAAAGAAGAAUGUGAUAAUAAAUCAAGAAAAAAGAGAUCUAUCGAAUCACCUAUGGAUAGCACAAAGCUUGUAAUGAGAUUAUUGAAGCAUAUUAAGUCUAACAAUGAAUAUCAGAAUAUUGCUAUAGAAAAAAUGAUGAGUGCUCAAGAAAUUGCAGAUAAAUAUGGAAUUGAAUUCAAUCCCGAUCCAGAAAUGCUCUCAGACCUCGCUGUAGUUGCGAACGAGCAAGCAAAAGAGAUGUCCCAAAUUCUAAAAGAUGCCUGCGAACUAAAAAAUGUGACACAUAAAGACGAAAUUCCAUUAGCUAACAUAACAAAUAAGUUAAUGGAUUGUGCUGAAAAAGCAUCUGUUCAAAAGAAUACAACCGUUAAUGCUCCAAAUGAUGUUCACGAUCAUAUACUCUGCGUAGAACCAGGAUUUACUGACUCUGAUUCUUUUUCAAAGUACAACUACUAUUACAAUUAUCCCUAUGAAUCACAAAUAAUGGCACCACCCGUACACCACGAACAUCACCACGUAAGCCCUCGGCCAAGUUUCUAUGAUUACAUUUCAGUGAACCCAACACAGGAAUACUAUCCCUAUUGUUCUGUCGAACCGGCUACCACCAUAAUCUUGCCAAUGGAUGAUCCAGUGAAUCCUGAACCAGAAUUGGUAGGAGAAGAGUAUGAAGAAACGAUUUCGUCUAAAGUUUUCAUUGACCACGAGGAGGAACCAGGUGUAUCUACAGUGAACCAUGAAUCAAAUCACAUUGAUGUUCCCUCCAUGCCUCGGAGAUUACGUGUCACGUCGGUCCUGUGCCUGAUCUCUCAUCGCGAGUGUCGAAUUGCCAUCCCACCAGAGUAUAAGAAUGACAGGAAUAGAGUGUACGAUGUCACA